AUACAAAAAUUCAAAAGAUGCCCUUGGCCAAAAUCGACCAUUUGGAUAAACAAAUUAUUUCACGGUUCCGGUUGGAAAUUAGUCAAUUACCUUGUCAACUGACUUCGUGUCGGGCAAACGAAAUUGAUUGGUAAUUACACAUAUUUCACUGAACUUUCACUUCACUCAUCUGCCGCCAAGAGAAUUGCGCCGCCGGCUUCAUCAUUUUUUCUUCUAAAUAAGGGAGAAAUAUUAGCAUUUGGUCGAUUCACCACCCACCAGUCCACCACUCCAUUAUGUCGGUACAGAGAUUCUUCCAGCGCGGCCGUUACUCUCGUAAUUCGCCGAAAAUCUAUCUUUUCCACAAUUUCACUUCUUCAGAUUCUCACACUAAACCCUCAAACCCUUCCAAUCACUACCACUGCCACAACCAUCGGUACAGCCAGUACGUCCACUUUCGCAACUUUUUAUCCCCAUCAAAGCCGCAGCUUGUUAUUCCGCACAGUGUUUCCUUCUGCUGCCGUUCCUUCUCCACUCGCGACUCGCCAAAUGGUGACAUCGCGAACACAGAGUUGUUCAUCAGCGAAAAUGUUAGUGCAAGUGUUGAGGAGUCCAUUCUUCCAGUACGUGCCUUGAUUUCACUGUUGGAUGGUUUUCAUGACUUCACUGGCAUCCCAUGGUGGAUCGUUAUAGCUUCUUCAACAGUGGCUAUGAGGCUCACGUUAUUCCCGUUUGUAGUAUUGCAACUCCACAAGUUGAAUAGAAUUGGAGAGUUACUUCCUAAAUUGCCUCCUCCAUUGCCUCCGCCUAUGUCAGGAAGGAGUCUUGUGGACCAACUUCAAAUCUUUUUCAAGGAGAAACGAGCGGCAGGCUGUCCUUCAUUUUUUUGGUUCUUCGCCUCUCUGACAGUUCAGGUGCCCUGCUUUCUUCUUUGGAUUAUGACUAUUAGAAGAAUGUCACUGGCUCAUCACGAAGGCUUUGACUGUGGAGGCAUUCUUUGGUUCCAGAACUUGACCGAGUUCCCUAGUGGUGUUUUAGGGCCUGUGUUUCCUUUCCUGAUUGCUGGAUUGCAUUAUGUCAACAUACAGGUGUCCUUUCAGAAAUCUUCAGUUGGAAAAAUGAGUGGAUUCCUGGGAUUAAUGGCCAAGUACUACAAGAAGUACUUGGAAUUCCUGACAUUACCCAUUUUGUUUAGCGCAUUCUAUAUGCCUCAGGGGAGUUUAGUCUAUUGGCUUACGAAUAGUUCGAUGACUGCUUUUCAGCAACUAUCUCUAAAUCAUCCAGAUGUUCGCAAGAAACUGGGGCUACCUCAGAAGGAUCCUCAAUUAGCAGCUGCACAUCAGAAAGAGUUAGGUAAUCCUGGAGAAAUCAAAAUAGAUCCAUCAACAAAUCAGAGCAAAUUAUCUUUCCAGAACCUAUCAGCUCUUGAAUUGGUUAAUCUUGCGAUCAAACUCCUAGCAGGAGGACGUAAAGAUGAAGCUAUGUCCUUUCUACGACUUGCUAUUUCCAAGGAUCCCGAGAAUAUUCGAGCUUUGCUUAUUAUUGGCCAGACACUGUUGCAAGAUGGUUCCUUACCAGAAGCUACUGAAUACUUGGAACGUACUAUUGCUAAGCUUCUGCUAAAGGAGAAUCAAAUGGAAAUUGAGGAUGUAGAUCUGCUGAUUCUAUCAUCUCAAUGGGCAGGUGUUGCCUGUAUACGGCAGGGUAAGAUGGGAGAGGGACUUGUACACCUGGAGCGAAUAGCCACGUUGAAAGAGCCAGAGGACCCAAAGAGUAAGGCCCAUUACUAUGACGGAUUAGUACUACUGUCAAGUACGUUGAUCAAUGUUGGUCGCAAGAAUGAUGCAAUUAAUUAUCUGCGAAUGGCUACUGCAUAUGAUGAGUCUUACAGAGUAUUUCUGCAACAAUGUGAAAAUGAAGAGGAUGAUAUCACUAGUGACCUUGUCUCUAGUAGGAGAGGAGAUUACUGAGUUGCUAAAAAUUCUAUUUUCCCCUUUCUGUUUCCUGUUGUCAUGUAGUCUUCUUGUUAAUAAAUUUUGAUAGGUCAAAUGAUGUAAUAAGUACAAAAUGAUUUUAAUCGAGAUCAGUUUUUUUUCC